CACAACCUUUGGCCCAGGUGAGCUUCACUAGUGAUAUCGCUUCAAAGCCUUUCCUCCCUUUUACUGGUAUUACCUCCUUUACUUGCUGAUCAGCUUCAAUUAUGUUGCUGGUUUAUCUAUUACUAAGCUAUUUCACAGCUUCUGCCACCGGUUUUUUCUACCAAGAUAUUGACAUCACUUGGGGAGAUGGCCGGGCUAAAAUACUCAACAAUGGGGAACUCCUCACAUUGUCUCUUGACAAGGCCUCUGGCUCUGGCUUUCAAUCCAAAAACGAUUAUCUUUUUGGGCUAUUCAAUAUCCAGAUCAAGCUUGUCCCUGGCAACUCAGCUGGGACGGUCACCACCUACUAUUUAUCAUCUCAAGGUUCAAACCACGACGAGAUCGACUUUGAAUUCCUCGGAAAUCUGAGUGGAGACCCUAAUAUUGUCCACACUAAUAUCUACACACAGGGGAAGGGGAACAGGGAACAACAAUUCUAUCUCUGGUUCGACCCAACUAAGGACUUCCACAAUUACACUAUUCUAUGGAACCCUCUUCACAUUGUUUUCUAUGUGGACGGAACUCCUAUCAGAGAAUUUAAGAACGCAGAGUCUAGUACUGGUGUUCCAUACCCAAAGAGGCAGCCAAUGAAAAUUUAUGGUACCAUUUGGGAUGCAGAGGAUUGGGCUACAAGGGGAGGCCUAGUCAAGACAGAUUGGACUCAAGCUCCCUUCACUGCAUCCUAUGAAAACUAUAAAGCGGAUGCUUGCAUGUGGUCCUCUGGGAGCUCGUCAUCUUCAUGUGCUUCUUCUUCUUCUUCAAAGAAUUAUACUUGGAUGUAUCAAGAUAUGGACUCGAGCAGCCAAAGUAGACUCAAAUGGGUGCAAAAGAACUAUAUGGUCUACAACUAUUGCACUGACACCAAGCGAUUCCCUCGAGGCCUUCCUCCAGAGUGUUCCCUUAAUAAAACAGCUUAGGCCAUUGGAGGCUCCAUUACUUCACUGUAAUACCAGGAGAAGAAACACACAAUAUUUUGUCAGUUUAUUCUUAUGGAGACUUUACUUUGUAACAUA